AUGGAAGCCAACAACGCUUCACAAGUUAAAUUAGAAGGUCUUGAUUCUACAAAAUAUCCUUCAUUAACCAACCCUACGGAAUUAUCGAUUGGUUCAAGAUUUAAUUCUUGGGAAAUUGCGGAACAUUAUUUAAAAGAGCAUGGAAGGCAAAGAGGAUUUGUAGUUAAUCGGUAUAGAGUUGAAUUUCAUAAAUGUCAAUCAGAAAACUCAGUACGAAUUGUUAAAAAAAGAACAUUUUCGUGUGAAUAUUCUGGAAAUAAACCCGAAAGUAGUGAUUUUGUGCAUAUAACAUUUAUGCAUCUUGAACAUAAUCAUGAAAUACUCAUUGAUAAUGCAAGAUUUGCCACAACAUUUCGAAAAUUUGAUCAAUCUAUAGUGAAUGAGAUAUUACGUACUGUUGUAUAUGGAUGCUGUGAUGCAUACACCAUACGAAAUUUAUUGCAACCAUUGUAUCCUGAUCAACUUUUUCUUACUCAAGAUUUAUCAAACACUAUUCAAAAAAUUAAACGUGAAAAACAAAUUGCUGGAUCGGAUGCAUCUUAUUUGUUGAAACUUCUACUUGAACAACAAAAGGAAGAACCAAUGACAUUUGUACAACCAUUGAUUAAUGUAGAUAUUGUUUCAUCCAGUUCUACUAUUGCUAAUGUAGCUGAAGCAUUAGAUUCUCGGAUGCAAAAAGAAGAAUUAAAUAAAAGUUUUAUAGCAUGGAAAUACCAAUCAACAAUAUAUCACCAGCCAUUUGUUGUGGAGAAUUUUUUUAGUAACAUUAAUAUUAUAAUUCAAAAAUAUUUUUCACCACGAAUACACAAGCAAAUGCGUGAAUCGGUACUUUAUAGAUGUGAAAAGUUAGAUAUUGAUGAUGCAUUUGAAUUUAUUGAAGACCAAUCGAACGAAAUUUAUGAAAAUCAAAUAUCCGAUUAUCAAGAAGAAAUCCAUAAUAUUGAGGAUUAUUAUGAUUAUCGGCAGACAUAUCUAAGGGCAUUAUUAAAUUCAGUACAAAAAGAAAAAAUUAAAGAACAUAUUAUUCUUCUUGAUGAUGGAACUCAUUUAUGUACAUGUUUACUAUUGGUUUCACAUGGAAUAAUCUGUCGUCAUUAUUUUAAAUUGAUGAUUGAAAAUUCAAGUGCAUUAUUUCAUAUAAUGUUAAUGCUGACACGAUGGCUUCAAGAUAAUGCUUGGAAUAAUAUUGAUUCAAUUUUUAAUGAACCUUUUGUAAGAACUUCAUCUAAAAAUUUGAAAUCAAUUCAUAAUGAUGAUGAUAGUCAAAGAGCUUAUCUUAUUCCUAAGCAUCAUAAUAAUAUUCAAGAAGUUGAAAUUCGCCGUCACACACAAAAAAAAAUAAAUUAUGGUCGAAUUAUGGGACAUUUUAAACAAGCAUUAAAUUAUUCAUUAGAUGAUAAUGAUUAA